AUGGCAAAGCAAAAUAGAAACCAAGACAAUAAUAGGAGACUAUGCUCUGCCCUCAGAAUUCCGAGUCAAACUGAGCUGGGGGUUCUGCCGUCGCUGGGCUCUGUGAAGUCGGUGGUCCAGAAGAACGCGGCCUCGUUUAGCUCCUCGCCAAGAAGAAGCCGAGCUAUCUUUGUCAUCGCUUCAUUACUUUCAAGCACACAUUCAGCUUUCGCCGCCCCUCGAAAACUCUUAGCCCCAACCUUUCCUCGUUAUAAGCUGCCCAAGAUCCCCAAGAUCCCUAACCUCAAGUUUCCUCCUCUGACCCCCGCACCUUUAUGGCCAGAAUAUAGGUUGCCUCCCCCUAUUAUUACUUCACUUCCAAAUUUCCCAUUAACUCCCACAUUUCCGUUCUCUCCACCUUCAAUAACCACCACACCUUAA